GGGGAAAAGGCUUGACGAGUCAAGAUGGCGGAGGAUCUGGACGAGCUCUUGGAUGAAGUCGAGUCCAAGUUUUGCAGACCGGACGCACUGAGACUGGGCAUGGCUGAGCGGCCCAAAGGCUGCGGCGGCGGCACCCACAGCAGCGACCGGAACCGAGCCAAGGCCAAAGAGACUCUCAGAUCAACAGAAACAUUUAAAAACGAAGAUGAUCUUGACAGACUUAUUAAUGAAAUAUUUGAAGAGCCCAACUUUGACAAAAAACCCUUUAAAUUAAAAUCUAAAUCUUCAGGUAACACAUCUGUCAAAGCUUCCAUUCAAGGCUUUGGUAAAAGUUGCAGUCCAGUGUACCUUGGUGGGAGUGCUAUUCAAUGUGGGAUCGGAACAAAUACUUCAUGGAGAGCGUGUGACCAUCUGCGUUGUAUAGCCUGUGAUUUCUUGGUAGUAAGCUACAAUGACUACAUGUGGGACAAAUCAUGCGAUUAUCUGUUUUUCAGGAACAACAUGCCAGAAUUCCACAAAUUAAAAGCAAAGUUGGUAAAGAAGAAAGGAACCCGGGCAUACGCCUGCCAGUGUAGCUGGAGAACUAUUGAAGAACUGACUGACCUUCAGACAGAUCAUCAGCUUCGUUGGGUUUGUGGUAAACAUUGAGAAUACAGAUUUCACAUUCGGACAAAUGCAUGAAUGAGAGCAGUCUCCAUUAAUGUCAUGUUUAAGCAAAGGUUAUGUAGCAAUAUCAUGC